AUGUACUAUAUCCAGGAUGUGCCGGUCCAGUAUUUGCAUUUGAGUAAGGCUCUCCGGGUUCUCUGCCUCUUCCCGGCCGUCUGGGGUGUAUAUAAUCAUUUGGUCCAGGCCCACAGCGUCGAUAAUCGAUAUGCACGAGCCAUCGACCCAAUGAUGAGCUCUGCUCUCGACAACUACGUUGGCGUUCUCUGGUGUUUAUUGAGUGGCCUGUGGACGUUUUGGCUGACCAACAGUCUGAUCCGCCGAUGGUUCAUUCACUACGAACCCCGGCCAGCUAUGAUCCGGCUCUUCACUCUUGGGACAUUUUACUGGUUUUCAGUCUUGUUCUUUGUCAGUUACUUUGGUGCGGAUGAGCCCAUUUGGCCCUGGAUGGUUGUUUGCGCCAUUCUUGCCGUUAUUCAAGUCAUUCAGAUUGCUCAUUUCAGGGUCAAGGGACACUAUAAGGUGGAGGUCAAGGAGAAGCCCAGGCGAGACUCGAGGUCAUUGAUUUAUAGGACGGUCUUGAUCCCAGGCGGAAUCGUCUCAUUUAUCACGAUGGUCAUGCUCUUACACCAGAACAACAUGCGUCCAUCAACAGCAGAAGCAAUCGCUACCGGAGGAGCCACAAGUAUCUCCGCCACGAGCGAUGCCAAGCUGAUCAUUGGAGUUGCACAGGUCCAAGUGCUAAUCAUCAUCCUCUCAUCGUGGUCCCCCAAGGCAUUCCAGAGGCGCCGCGAGAUCAGAGAGACAACUCUGAAGCUGACGCCACCGUCUUCAUCAAAAUUUGCCUACACCUACAAAUUUGUCUUGGGUGAAGCACCAAGCAGCCACACAAGGAACGCCAUGGGCGCAAAGAUCAGUGCUGAGAUCCGCAAGCACGAUGAUCUUUUGCUGUUACCCGUGUCCGAUACACAGGAGAAUCGCGGCUUCAAGCUUUUCAAAGCAUUGGAGUGGAGCAAUAGGUUCAAGUUCGAUUUUCUCUGUAAAACUGAUGACGAUGUCUUUGUCAGGUGGGAUACUGUUGCUGAAGAACUCAUGGUACAAGGGCCAUCACAUUACUACUGGCGCGGGCUAGCAUUCAGGAACAUGGAGCCAAUUGCGAACUCGGAGACAAAAGUCAAAAACAUGGAUGUCGCAGGGAUCCUUCCGCCGUUUGUUGCUCAUACCUUCUAUGUCCUCUCGCGCGACAUUGUUACACUGCUGACGUACCCAGGGCCACGGAUAUUCACAAGACACGAGGAUCAAAAUAUUGGGCUCUGGCUGCACGCCUUCAAUAUCGAGCCAGUUCAUGACCGAAGAAUUCAACAGUGGGACGUAUGCGAGAAUGAUAUGAUCGCUAAACACGUUGGAGAUGUAUCCAAGCGCCUGGAACCUAUGCAGGAAAUGUAUCGGAAUGUUGUUGCCAACAAACCCCUUUGCACCGGCUUCCGACAAGACCGUUGUGCACUAUGCUACUCGUGCUAUAAUCGUGAGAGACACUGGAAGGAUCUCGGGCUGGACUGCGACAGUGUUCAAGGGGUCAUAAUUAUGAAGACAGGAGGAGAACUCGAGGAAGGGCUGACUGUGGACAUCAAGGACGCCAUGCCAUCCCUCGGCAAAAACCCCAAGUGGAUCAUCCCUGGCAUCGUGAGCGACAAGAGCAGUAUUUUCUCCGAUAACGAGGGAUGGGCUCGUUUGCAUUGGGCUAUAUGGACGACAGAUCCAGCGACAACGUGGCAAGCACGCCAUUACCAGGCUAUUGAAUCCCUCUUGGUCCACAAUCCCAGCGCCGUUCUUAUCAUUCUAUCCAAUACCCUGCCCGCUACCUUCUUUGCAGACUAUACCCGGCAGGGUUACCAGAUUCACAUCAUGGCCUUCUCCAAGGAACUGCUUCUUCAUCGUGAAUGGUUCUUUGGUCCCGAGACACAGGGAUGGCUACAGAGGUGGGACGAAUGGUCGCAAAAGGGGCCGUAUUUCCCAGUCCAUCUUGCGGAUUAUCUUCGCCUGGUGGCCAUCUACAAGUACGGUGGGCUUUACAUGGACAUGGAUGCGCUUUGGUUACGGGCUCCUGGAGAUGGCAUUACAGAGUUCAUUGGUUCCGAUGUGUCCGACACCGAAAGCGACCUUGCAUGGACUUUGGACGAGAAAAACACAUAUUUGGCGAACGGAGUGAUGCGCUUCAGGCGUGGUCGAGCCAUGUUCAAACACAUUGCCAAUAAUGUUUUCACAGCAACGAACUAUGACUCCGAUUGCUUCAACUGUGGUGGUCCAAAGGCAUUUACGACGUAUGUCAAGACGCAUAGGACUUCAUUGGAGAAGAAUGGACUACACGUGUUGCCUCGAGCGGCUCUCUACCCCUACAGCUGGAAGGAAGUUUCGACCGCCCUGGAGAAAACAGACAAAGCAGAGGAAAAGAUUCACCAGCUAGAGGAGCGUGGUAUUGGCCUUCAUCUUUAUGGCAAGGUCACAAGCCGCAAGGAAAUCGAGGAGGACAGUGUCGUCGCUACAGCGCGGAAGAUCUGGGGUUUGGGUCUCUCGUCUGCUGCAUUAGGUCACAGAUUCAGUAGUCCCAGGCUUCAAGGCCCGAAGACGCUGUACUAUCACGUAUCGCCGACUCUUACCGCUGCGGCGCUUAAGGACUCCUUGCUGGCCAAGGUGCCGGGCGCUUUCAUAGGCGUUGAUGCAGUGUUCGUCCGUGGAGCUCAGUCCUCUAGCGAAGAGUUGGUCUUGAGGAAGGCGUCCAUAUCGAUUUCGGUCAAGGAGGGGUCCAUUUCCACGGAUGCGUCAGGGGCAGGUAUGCACAAGAUCCAGCUGGAUUUAGGGCAUGCAGUCACCAUGGCACAGCUCAACCUGGCCUUGUCUGGCAUCCGAUAUAGUCCACCAAAUACGAGGAUAGCAUGGGCAGGCACGGACCAAAUUGUGAUUCUGGUUGAGUUUGGUUCGAUGAAAGAACAACUAGAUAUCCCUGUGGUGCGGAGAGAGGGUAGGACCACUUCCUGA